CACAGCUUGCCCAGGUGGGAUCCAGAGCCUCGGCCUCAGGAUGUUGCCAACCUUACUGCCUUUGUUGCUGCUACUUUUCCUGCCCCACCGGGCCCUUUGUAGUCAGGAAACUUCAGAGGGCCUGCAGGGCCUCCACAUGCUCCACUUCUCCUACUUCCGCAAUCCCAACCACGUGUGGUACCAGGGCAACGCGUCGCUGGGGGGGCACCUGACUCACAAGCUGGAAGGCCUCGGCACCAACGCCACAUUCCUCCAGCUGCAGCCCCUGCAGGAUCCCGAGAGCUGGGCGUUCACCGAGAGGCUCCUGCAGCAGUACCUGAAGCGCUUCCAUGGCCUCGUGAUGCUGGUGCAUCGGGAGCGGCAUGUGGCCUUUCCUCUAACGAUCCGCUGCUACGCGGGCUGCGAGCUGCUACCAGAGGACUCCAAGGCCCGCGUCUUCUUUAAUGUGGCUGUGAAUGGGAGCUCCUUCAUGAGUUUCCAACCAGAGACAGCCCUGUGGGUGGCUGGCUCCUCGAACCCUUCCCAGGUGGCCACCUACACCAUGAAGCAGCUCAAUACCUACAACCAGACUCGGUACGAACUGCGGGAGUUCCUGGAGGACACGUGUGUGCAGUACGUGCACAAACACUUGGCUGGGGGAAAUCUGAAAGGGAGCCAAACGGGGCGCUCCUAUACUUCACUAGUCCUGGGUGUGCUGGUGGGCAGUUUCAUCAUCGCUGGCGUGGCCAUGGGCAUCUUCCUGUGCACAGGUGGACGGCGGCGCUGCUAGUGACUGUCCAGCAUCACCCCCCAAAAGAACUGGAUUUGUAUGUGGGGGGUUGCUAGCAAAGGAAGGUCUCACUCAGCUCACUGUGAAGCCAGAUUCCCCGGCUGGAACACCCUCUCCCAGGAGGUUGGAAGUGGCCAUUCCAUUCUUUUCUUUUCCCAGAUCUGCCAGUUUGGGAAGAGGGGGUAGGAGGCUAACUAGACAAAGGACCUGGAUGUCUAAUAACCUGGGAAUGUGCAUGUUUUGCCUGAAUUGCUCUGAGAACUGAAUGCUUAUCUGACUUCUGUGGAAAGCACGAUAGAGUUGGGGCAGGGAGGGGAGUGCAUCCCAUCCUCCAAAGACAGAUGGGAUCACCUGAGGCAUUCAAAACAUGUAACCAAGGAAAACAAAUUGUCCACAACCAAAACAAACAACAUUCACAGCUGCCAGGUGUGUUUGUCCAUGGUGUAACAGGGACAGAAGAAGAGGCAGGAGCAUUUCUGAAUGUGUACAAUCCAAGUCAUAGGGAAUCAGCAAAUCAUUCUUUAAUAACAUCAAUACAUUCUUUAUGUCAUUGGCGUUAUUUCCCUUACUUGGCAAACUUCUGGAAAGGCGGCCCGUACCCUUCACUUGCACCUCCCAGCUCCCACUCCUGCUCCCUCUUCAAUCCCCUUCUCUGUAAACUACUCAAAGGUCCCUAGCAAACUCUGAUUGUCAUGAGAUCUGCAAUUGGGUAGGCUAGAAUUCCCUUUGCACCCUAACUUCUGAGAUCCUUCUGGGAUGUAUAAACCUAUUCUGGCUGCUUGUUUCAAUCCCUUUGUUACUGGACUCCGUUUGCCUUGGAAGAUGGAACUCCAUUUCUCAGCCCCUUUAGUUUGCUCUUUGAACUCUAGACCUUAUCUGUGGAACCUACUGACUUCCCUGGCUUCAAAUACUGCCUCUCCGGGGUGGUUUUCCUGGAGAAGCAAUAUCACUUUAUUUUUUGUUUGUUUUUUAUUAUCACUUUAUUUUUAAGAGCAUGUGCUUUGCCAUGACUUUCAAGUCUUACUUCUCUGAGCCAAAUGUUUCAUUUCUUUUAGUCUCAGUUUCUUCAUUCAUAAAAAGUAUAAUAGAAAAAUACACAGAAGAUAUAAGAAAAACAAUACCUCAUUGAGGUGCUGUAAGAAUUAAAUAUGUAAGAUGAUAAGUGUUUACUUAAUAACUAUGAGGGAGAUUCAAAAAGGUCAUGGAAAAUGUGAAAUUAGAAGGUAAGAUGGGAGGUUGGUGUUCUGGCAUAGCAGGUAGCAGCUUUACCUGCUAUGCCAGUAUUGCAUCUUGGUUCUGGUUUGUAUUUCAACUGCCCUACAGGGGAGACCUGAAUUGAAUUCUGAGUUCAUGGCUACAGCCUGGCCCAGUCCUGGGUGUUGUAGGCAUUUAGGGAAUAUUUAGUUUAGAAGGAUGAUUUCUCUUCUCUCCCUCUCUCUCUCUUUCUCUAUCCUUCCUCCUCCCCACCCCUCAAAUGAAAUUACAAAUACAUUUUGAAAAUAAAACGUAGGGCUUGGCACAAUAGCCUAGUGGCGAAAGUCCUUGCCUUGCAUGCGCUGCAAUCCCGUAUGAGUG